AUGGCCCCUUUUUCAGUACCUGCACCCUCCGAGAUUGCUCAUCUUGGAUUCCGUACUUCGAACCCUCAACGGCUGGUUGACUUCUAUCUGAAGUUCUUGGGGGCAAGGGUUGUACUCAUCAACGACUUUAUUUCCGUUCUCACCUGGGAUCAAGAACAUCACCGCUUGGCUAUCAUCAACGAUGCCAUAGCGAUUCCCAAAAAAGAGAACACCUGCGGACUAGAUCACGUUGCACUAAAGUUCGCCUCGGUUGGCGAACUUGUCAAGGUGUAUCAGUCUGGCAGGGAAGCGGGGAUUAAACCUUUUCUUUGUCUCAACCAUGGGGUGUCCACCAGCUUGUACUAUAGAGACCCCGACGGCAAUCGUAUCGAGGCAUUGAUCGAAGCCUAUAACAACCCGGAGGACGUCCAGAAACACAUGGCUACCUUGGAUCCUUUAAAUAUCAAGGCUGCCAGAUUCGAUCCGGAAGACCUGAUGCGCAGAGUCAACGCGGGCGAGGAUGACGAGGCGUUAAGAAGAGCAGGUUUCAUUGGUCCAUCUCAUGUAGCACCGCAGCAGCUGGGAUCAUAA